GGAGCUUUGCAUUACUCUGUGUUCAUCAGCGUAUAGUAAGAAUGAGUGGAAGAGGCAAAGGAGGAAAAGGACUCGGAAAAGGAGGCGCUAAGCGUCACCGUAAAGUCCUCCGUGAUAACAUCCAGGGAAUCACCAAGCCCGCUAUCCGCCGUCUGGCCCGCCGUGGUGGAGUGAAGCGUAUCUCUGGUCUGAUCUACGAGGAGACCCGCGGUGUGCUGAAGGUUUUCCUGGAGAACGUCAUCCGUGAUGCCGUCACUUACACUGAGCACGCCAAGAGAAAGACCGUGACUGCCAUGGAUGUGGUGUAUGCUCUGAAGAGGCAGGGCCGCACUCUGGCCACACACUUAUAUCUUAGAGACGAAGAGGUAAUAAUGGCAAGAACCAAGCAGACUGCUCGUAAAUCUACCGGUGGCAAAGCCCCGAGGAAGCAGCUGGCCACCAAGGCUGCCCGUAAGAGCGCCCCGGCCACCGGUGGUGUGAAGAAGCCUCACCGUUACAGGCCCGGUACCGUGGCUCUGAGGGAGAUCCGUCGCUACCAGAAGUCUACGGAGCUGCUGAUCCGCAAGCUGCCCUUCCAGCGCCUGGUCAGAGAGAUCGCUCAGGAUUUCAAGACCGACUUGCGUUUCCAGAGCUCCGCUGUCAUGGCUCUGCAGGAGGCCAGCGAGGCUUACCUGGUCGGUCUGUUUGAGGACACCAACCUGUGCCGUGUAGUAAGAAUGAGUGGAAGAGGCAAAGGAGGAAAAGGACUCGGAAAAGGAGGCGCUAAGCGUCACCGUAAAGUCCUCCGUGAUAACAUCCAGGGAAUCACCAAGCCCGCUAUCCGCCGUCUGGCCCGCCGUGGUGGAGUGAAGCGUAUCUCUGGUCUGAUCUACGAGGAGACCCGCGGUGUGUUGAAGGUUUUCCUGGAGAACGUGAUCCGUGAUGCCGUCACUUACACUGAGCACGCCAAGAGAAAGACCGUGACUGCCAUGGAUGUGGUGUAUGCUCUGAAGAGGCAGGGCCGCACUCUGUACGGCUUCGGCGGCUAAACACACCAACUUCU